GUGGGCCGCGUGAAUGGAUCUCCGCGCAUGAGGCAGCGCCUGGCACGGCCCGCGCAGCGCCUACCUGUGCCCGGAGCGUGAGUGCGGGCAGUGGCCGUGCGCGUGCGCACUCGCCUAAGCGCGCGGGCAAGCGCCCGACCGUUGGCGCGCUAAGCGGGCGACUGUGCAAGGCGGCCCCGCGCGCCCCGCCGGCUGGUCGUUGCGGUCUCCCGCCUGGCGCGGGAGCCGCGGGCAGCCGUGGCGGCCGCCGGAGACCGCAAGGGGCGGCGCAGAGGCGGAACAGGCCGGCCGCGAGCCGCGCAGGAAGCGCCAAGCAUGCCCCGCGACAACAUGGCCUCCCUGAUCCAGCGCAUCGCUCGCCAGGCUUGUCUCACCUUCCGCGGCGGCUCGACGGGCUCCGAAGCGCCGGCACCCGGCUUCCCGGAGAACCUGAGCCAGCUCAAGAGCCUGCUGACCCAGGUUCGCGCCGAAGACCUCAACAUCGCACCGCGCAAGGCGCUGCCGCAACCUCUGCCGCGGAACCUCCCGCCGGUCACUUACAUGCACAUCUACGAGACGGAGGGCUUCAGCCUGGGCGUGUUCCUGCUCAAGAGCGGUACGUGCAUCCCGCUGCACGACCACCCGGGCAUGCACGGUAUGCUCAAGGUGCUGUACGGCAAGGUCCGCAUCAGCUGCAUGGACAAGCUGGACACGGGGUCCGUGCAUCGGCGGCCGCCGCCUGAACAGCAGUUCGAGCCCCCGCUGCAACCCACGGAGCGGGAGGCCGUGCGACUGGGCGUACUGCGCUCCCGGGCCGAGUACACCGAAGCCAGUGGUCCCUGCGUACUCACUCCACACCGGGACAACCUGCACCAGAUUGAUGCGGUGGACGGGCCAGCCGCCUUCCUGGACAUCCUGGCCCCACCCUACGACCCGGAGGACGGCCGGGACUGCCACUAUUACCGUGUGAUGGAGCCCAUCAGACCCAAGGAGGCUUCCGGCUCUGCCUGCGACCUUCCCCGAGAAGUAUGGCUCCUGGAGACCCCACAGGCCGAAGACUUCUGGUGCGAGGGAGAGCCCUAUCCAGGCCCCAAAGUCCUACCCUGAAGCUCCUGCCGCCCGGGAACUGUGGGCCCUCUCUACCUACCAUAAGGGCUCUUCUCUCUCUGUCCCCUCGCCUGGACGAUGGAUUUACUGAAAUGACCAGCGCCACGUCUUGAGCAACCUUGGGGAGCACGGCCCACUGGAGUAUAGCCACCACCGGGCACGGUUAUGGGGGCGGGUGGGCGGGAGGCUAGGUUGAUAACUGGUUUUGUCACUGCCACCAAGGCUUUGAUUUAAAGGAAAGGGGCAGGGACCCUAAAGCGCUUCCAUCAUAAAGCCAUAAGGAAAACAGUUUUGUUUUUCAUUCUCUACAAAAUACACUAAGUGAUUUUGAAUCCCUCUUCCCUUCGGUGACUAAGAUUUGUUUUUCUCCUGCCCACAGGACCUUUUGCUCCUUAAUAGUUUAAUUUAUUACUGACUGUG